UCCUCGCUGACUCAGAGACCGACUGGGCUUAGUUCCUGGGCGUGGCCCCAGUUUGCGGAGGGAAGUUGCUUGAAGUUGCGAGAGACUCCUCCGUGCUGGCAGACUGCACCGCCCUCCACCCCCGUUAAAUCAAUAGAAACUUCACAUUCUUGCUAGAGUCCGAAGAAGCUCCCUCCCACCUCCAAAUCAGCUCCACCAUGGCCGAAGAGCAGCCCCCGGUUGAGCUGUUUGUAAAGGCUGGUAGUGAUGGAGCCAAAAUUGGGAACUGCCCCUUUUCCCAGCGACUCUUCAUGGUCCUUUGGCUCAAGGGAGUGACCUUCAACGUCACCACAGUGGACACCAAAAGGCGGACUGAGACAGUGCAAAAACUCUGUCCUGGAGGUCAGCUUCCGUUCCUCAUGUAUGGGACUGAGGUCCAUACGGACACCAACAAGAUUGAAGAGUUUCUGGAAGAGGUUCUGUGCCCUCCCAAGUUUCCCAAGUUGGCUGCUCGUAACCCAGAGUCCAACACAGCUGGACUUGAUGUCUUUGCCAAGUUCUCUGCCUAUAUCAAGAACUCAAACCCAGCACUCAAUUUCAACCUUGAGAAGGGUUUACUGAAGGCAUUGAAAGUGCUGGACAUUUAUUUGAUGACACCGUUACCCGAGGAGGUGGAUGAGAACAGCGCCGAGGAUGAGGGCCAAUCAAACCGCAAAUUCCUUGAUGGGGAUGAACUCACGUUGGCCGACUGCAACCUGCUGCCCAAGCUUCAUAUUGUCAAGGUGGUGUGCAAGAAAUACCGCGACUUUAUCAUCCCUGCGGAAUUCCGUGGUAUCCACCGCUAUCUCAAGAACGCUUACGCCCGCGAGGAAUUUGCCAGCACCUGCCCGGACGAUGAAGAGAUUGAAUUAGCAUAUGAGCUGGUUGCAAAAGCUUUGAAAUAACAAACUUCUGAGACCAGAAAGGGACGUGGGGCUUCUGUUGCAGGGAUAUCUGGGGGUUGGGGUUGGACCCAUUUAGAGGGUAUAUUUUAUGUAUGUACUUGUGUUUGGCAGGGUGGGGGUGGGGUAUGUCUAUUUU